ACAAUUAGCGGCCGAUAACAACUAAUUGCAAUGCAGCCCUGUCAUGUACGAAACGUAACGUGACGUGACCAGCAAACGACGUGACGGCAAACGGCCAGCGCAAAGCGGACGAGCGAAAGACGAACGAGUAGAGAAAAAUUAUUGAGCGCAGAGAAAAGUCCACCAAAUCGAACGUCGCAGCAAGUGAAAAGGGCGAAAACCGGAUAAAAAACUAUAUAUAAAUUACUGUGAUUGCAAUAUAUAAAUAAGUGCGAUCCAAGAUGAAUGAGGAAUACGAUGCGAUUGUGCUCGGAACGGGCCUCAAGGAGUGCAUCCUCAGCGGGAUGCUGUCCGUGUCCGGCAAGAAGGUGCUGCAUAUUGAUCGAAACAAGUACUACGGCGGCGAGUCCGCCUCCAUAACGCCGCUGGAGGAGCUCUUCCAGCGGUACGGACUGGAGCCGCCCGGCGAUCGGUUUGGGCGUGGCCGCGACUGGAACGUGGACCUGAUACCCAAGUUCCUGAUGGCCAACGGCCAGCUGGUCAAGCUGCUGAUCCACACGGGCGUCACCCGCUAUCUGGAGUUCAAGUCCAUCGAGGGCAGCUACGUCUACAAGGGCGGCAAGAUAGCCAAGGUGCCGGUGGACCAGAAGGAGGCCCUGGCAUCCGAUCUCAUGGGUAUGUUCGAGAAGCGUCGCUUCCGGAACUUCCUCGUCUACGUGCAGGACUUCCGAGAAGAUGACCCCAAGACCUGGAAGGACUUUGACCCCACCAAGGCCAACAUGCAGGGUCUGUACGACAAGUUCGGACUGGACAAGAACACGCAGGACUUCACCGGCCACGCCCUGGCCCUUUUCCGCGACGAUGAGUAUCUGAACGAGCCGGCCGUGAACACCAUCCGGCGCAUCAAGCUCUACUCCGAUUCGCUGGCGCGGUACGGCAAAUCGCCCUACCUAUACCCCAUGUACGGAUUGGGUGAACUGCCCCAGGGAUUCGCCCGCCUGUCGGCCAUCUACGGCGGCACCUACAUGCUGGACAAGCCCAUCGAUGAGAUCGUCCUCGGCGAGGGCGGCAAGGUGGUGGGCGUGCGCUCCGGCGACGAGGUCGCCAAGUGCAAGCAGGUCUACUGCGAUCCCAGUUACGUGCCCGAGAAGGUGCGCAAGCGUGGCAAGGUGAUUCGCUGCAUUUGCAUUCUGGACCAUCCGGUGGCCAGCACCAAAGAUGGUCUCUCCACGCAGAUUAUCAUUCCACAAAAGCAGGUCGGCCGCAAGUCGGACAUCUAUGUGUCGCUAGUGAGCUCCACUCACCAGGUGGCCGCCAAGGGUUGGUUCGUGGGCAUGGUCUCGACCACCGUUGAGACCGAGAACCCGGAGGUGGAGAUCAAGCCAGGCUUGGACUUGCUGGAGCCGAUCGCACAAAAGUUCGUGACCAUUUCGGACUACUUGGAGCCGAUCGACGAUGGAUCCGAGUCGCAAAUCUUCAUUUCGGAGUCUUAUGAUGCGACCACGCACUUUGAGACCACUUGCCUGGAUGUGUUGAACAUAUUCAAGCGCGGCACUGGCGAGACGUUUGACUUUUCCAAGAUCAAGCACGAGUUGGGUGACGAGGAGCAGUAAACGGGGAGCGAGGCCUCAUCUGGUUAUGGUGCAUUUGGACAGCUCAACAUCAGCCACAAACAUCGUAGAUCGUCUCAGCGUCGUGGCCAAACCUUAAAGAAAUACCCAAGAUAAGAAAACCCAAAAUAAAAGCCCAAAAAAAACUAAAGAAAACCGAAAAACCAGAAAUUGUAUUACGAAAAUGCUUUCCAUCGAGAGAUGAAGUUUUAGAUGUGAAACGAAUUGCUUGCUUCGCGCAAUAUUGGAUAUGCCUAGAAAAUAUAUAUAUAUAUAUAUACCAAUAUAACAUAAAUUAUACAACAUGCGGUCGCGUAUAUAUGUACGUCUAUAUAUAUAUAUGUAUAACUAAGUGAGUGUUAGGCAACUAAAUCAAAUUCCACAGAUUCAGCUUGUGACUCAGCAAACACUCUCCCAUUUUGCCGAUCGGUCAGUCAGUCAGACGACUACGCUUGGACUUUAGUUGUACGAGUAUAUAAUAAAGAAUAUACAUAUAUAUAAAAUA